UCUCUGACAAUGAAGCCUUUUACUGCAUAUCCUUCUGGGUUUUUCGUAUUCCUGUUUGCCUUGCUGCAGAGGAGCCAUGGACAAUGCAAAGAAGCAGCUAAAAAAUCGGAGAUGAAUUUGAGUGUAAAAUAUGAUCUUCCUAACUUCAUUGCAGAAACACCGAUUCAGAACAUAGUUUUAUACAAUCAUCAUGUUUAUAUUGGAGCGGUCAACAAGAUUUAUGUACUAAAUGAAACUCUCCAGAAUGUUUCAGUGUACAAGACUGGGCCCGUUCUGGAGAACCCUGACUGCGCGCCAUGUGAAGACUGCAAAGAUAAAGCCAAUUUAUCUAACAGCGUAUGGAAGGAUAAUGUCAACAUGGCACUGCUCUUAGAAACUUAUUAUGAUGAUCAGCUCAUCAGCUGUGGUAGUGUGUCCGGAGGCGUUUGCCACCGUCACAUCAUUCACCCUGACAACCCUGCUGACAUUGAAAGCGAGGUGCACUGCAUGUAUUCACCCCGGGCGGACAGAGAAGCAGAUAAUUGUCCUGACUGUGUUGUGAGCACUUUAGGAACCAAAGUUUUGGUGACUGAAAAGGACAGGUUUGUCAACUUCUUUGUUGGAAAUACUGUGACAUCUACGUUUCAGCCUCCUUACGUGCUGCAUUCAAUAUCAGUUAGAAGGUUAAAAGAAACACAAGAUGGUUUUGAAUUUCUGACAGAUCAGUCCUAUAUGGAUAUCCUCCCUCAGUUCCGCGACUCGUAUCCCAUUAGGUAUGUUCAUGCCUUUGAAAAUGAUCAUUUUGUCUAUUUUCUGACUGUCCAGAGAGAAUCUCUCGACUCCCAGGCUUUUCACACUCGAAUUAUCCGCUUCUGCACUUUAGACUCAGAGAUGCGUUCUUACAUGGAAAUGCCUCUUGAGUGUAUUUUUACUGAAAAGCGGAGGAAGAGGUCCAUCCGAAAGGAGGUGUUCAACAUUUUGCAAGCUGUCUAUGUAAGCAAGCCAGGUGCAGCUCUAGCCCACGAAAUGGGCCUGGGGCUGAACGAUGAUAUUCUCUAUGGCGUUUUUGCACAAAGCAAGCCAGACUCUUCCGAACCAACCAACAGAUCUGCUGUUUGUGCUGUCUCUGUGCGAACCAUCAACGAGUUCUUCAACAAGAUUGUCGACAAGCAGAACAUGAAAUGUCUCCAGCAUUUUUACGGGAAAGAGAGCAAAUACUGCUUGAACAGGGCUUUUUCAAGAAAUGCUUCAUCCUGCAGAGCACAAGAUGAUGAAUAUCGCCUAGAAGUUACGACUCCUUUGCAGAGGGUUGACUUGUUCAUGGGCCAGUUCAACAGUGUCCUCCUAACUUCAAUAUCUGUCUUCACCAAAGGGAACCUUACCGUUGCUAAUCUGGGAACUUCAGAGGGCCGCUUCAUGCAGAUAGUGGUUUCCCGUUCAGAACCCACAGCUCCACAUGUCAGCUUUCAACUAGACUCCCACCCCGUCUCUCCCCAAGUUGUUGUCGAGAACUCAUUAGCAGAUGAUGGCUAUACCCUGGUAGUGACUGGGAAAAAGAUAACGAAGAUCCCGCUGACGGGGCCGGGCUGCCAUCACUUCGGGUCCUGCAGCCAGUGCCUGCAGGCACCUCCCUUCAUGCGGUGUGGCUGGUGCAGCCAGCAGUGCCUCAGGUCUCCCGAGUGCCCCAGCGGCACCUGGACCCAGGAGACCUGCUUGCCUAGGGUCUAUGAGAUUCUCCCGAGCAGCGCUCCCUUAGAAGGCAGGACAAAACUGACACUCUGUGGAUGGGACUUUGGAUUCAGCAAAAAUAAUAGAUUUGAGUUAAAAAAUACGGUAGUCCACAUCGGAGGACAAAUUUGUGCUCUGGAAGCAAAAUCUAGCAACAAAAACAAGCUGGAAUGCACGGUUCCUGCUGUAAAAAGUCCAAGUUUUAAUAUAUCCAGUAGUGUUUCUGUUGGACAUGGCAAAACACUAUUCAGUACAUUUUCGUAUGUGAAUCCUGUAAUAACAAGUAUCUCUCCCACCUAUGGCCCCAAAUCUGGAGGAACAUUGCUAACUGUUGCUGGAAAAUACCUAAACAGUGGAAAAUCCAGAAGGAUUUUUGUUGGUGAGAAACCAUGCACCUUGAAGAGCGUAUCAGUGAGCACUGUGGAGUGCUACACGCCGGCACAACGAAUUCCCCAGGAAUAUCGUGUGAGGGUGGGAAUCGAUGAAGCUGUUCGAGAUGCGAGCGGUCAUUUCAUGUACAGAGAAGACCCCGUUGUUUUAAAAAUUCAUCCGGCCAAAUCUUUUCUUAGUGGUGGAAGUACAAUCACAGCUCAGGGAAUCAACUUGAACUCAGUGUGCUUUCCUCAGAUGGUGAUUACUGUACCUAAACUGGGAAUGAACUUCUCUGUGGCGUGUAGCCACCGCUCUAGCUCAGAGAUAAUCUGCUGUGCAACGCCUUCACUGAAAGCCUUCAAUCUCCAACCACCCUUUGUAACCAAAGUGUUCUUUAUUUUUGACGGUGUCAGCUCUUUAUACUUUGAUUUUGAUUAUGUAAAUAAUCCUGUAUUUAAGCGUUUUGAAAAGCCAGUGCUCAUCUCAAGAGGAAACCAAAACAUUCUGGAAAUUAAGGGAAAUUAUAUUGAUUCAGAAGCUGUUAAAGGAGAGGUGCUAAAAGUUGGGAACAAAAGCUGUGAAAACCUCCUCCUGCAGUCAGAAUCAAUUCUGUGUACGGUUCCCAGUGAUCUCCUGAAAUCCAACAGCGAGCUAAAUAUAGAGUGGAAGCAAGAAGUUUUGUCAACAGUUAUUGGAAAAGUGCUGAUCCAGCAAGAUCAGAAUUUCACGGGGCUAAUUGCUGGAGUUGUUUCAACAUCCGUUUUCAUUUUCAUCUUUUUGGUGUUUUUCCUCUGGCGAAGGAAGAAGAAACAAAUUAAAGAUCUGGGAAGCGACCUAGUGCGCUAUGAUGGCAGAGUGCACACUCCUCACCUGGACAGGCUGGUGAGCGCCAGGAGCGUAAGUCCAACGACAGAAAUGGUUUCAAGCGAAUCUGUAGACUACAGAUCAACUUUUCUAGAAGAUCAGUUUCCAAGCAUGUCUCAGAAUGGAUCGUGCAGACCUGCCCAGUAUCCUCACUCUGACCUCUCCCCAAUUCUGUCCAGCGGGGACUCAGAUUUAGCCAGCCCACUUCUCCAAACUAAUGUCCACAUUGACAUCAGUGCCUUAAAUCCUGACCUGGUCAAAGAAGUGCAGCAUGUGGUUAUCGGUGCUGACAGCCUGAUUGUGCACUUCAGCGAAGUAAUAGGAAGAGGACAUUUUGGGUGUGUGUACCACGGGACUUUGCUGGAUAACGACGGCAGGAAAAUUCAUUGUGCUGUGAAGUCACUGAAUAGGAUUACAGACCUGGAAGAAGUAGCUCAGUUUCUGAAAGAAGGAAUAAUCAUGAAAGAUUUCACUCAUCCCAAUGUUCUGUCACUCCUGGGAAUCUGUUUACCCAAUGAAGGAUCCCCCUUAGUCAUUCUUCCAUACAUGAAACACGGAGAUCUUCGAAACUUCAUUAGGAACGAGACUCAUAACCCAACAGUAAAAGAUUUAAUUGGAUUUGGUCUUCAGGUCGCAAAAGGGAUGAAAUACCUUGCCAGCAAAAAGUUUGUGCAUAGAGACUUGGCAGCAAGAAACUGUAUGUUGGAUGAAAAAUUCACUGUCAAGGUUGCUGAUUUUGGUCUUGCUAGAGAUGUCUAUGAUAAAGAAUACUACAGCGUGCACAAUAAAACAGGAGCUAAACUACCAGUGAAAUGGAUGGCUUUAGAAAGUUUACAAACUCAGAAGUUCACAACAAAGUCAGAUGUGUGGUCCUUUGGUGUGUUGUUAUGGGAACUUAUGACAAGAGGGGCACCGCCUUAUCCUGAUGUAAAUUCUUUUGAUAUAACUGUUUACUUAUUACAAGGAAGAAGGCUGCUACAACCUGAAUACUGCCCCGACCCACUGUAUGAAGUCAUGCUGAAGUGCUGGCACCCAAAACCUGAGAUGCGUCCAGCAUUUUCUGAACUUGUUUCAAAAAUCUCAACAAUCUUCUCCACUUUUAUUGGGGAACACUACGUUCAUGUCAACGCUACUUAUGUCAAUGUGAAGUGCAUUGCUCCCUAUCCUUCUCUUUUAUCGUCACAAGACAGCACAGAUGUGGAUGUUGACACAUGACGGGUAUGUCUGAAAUAGAGGAAAAUCCGUUCUUAG